CUGCCCCGGAAGCGGUCGCCUCGCGGCGCGGCUGGGCGCUAAGAUGGCGGCGGCGUGAGUUGCAUGUUGUGUGAGGAUCCCGGGGCCGCCGCGUCGCUCCGGCCCCGCCAUGGCCGUCACCAUCACGCUCAAAACGCUGCAGCAGCAGACCUUCAAAAUCCGCAUGGAGCCUGACGAAACGGUGAAGGUGCUAAAGGAAAAGAUAGAAGCUGAGAAAGGUCGUGAUGCCUUCCCCGUGGCUGGACAGAAACUCAUUUAUGCUGGCAAGAUCCUGAGUGAUGACGUGCCCAUCAGGGACUAUCGCAUUGACGAGAAGAACUUUGUGGUCGUUAUGGUGACCAAGGCCAAAACUAGCCCAGGCACCUCAGUACCCCCAGAGGCCUCACCCACUGCUGUCCCGGAGUCCUCCACAUCCUUUCCUCCAGCCCCUGCCUCAGGCAUGUCCCAUCCCCCACCUACUGCCAGAGAGGACAAGAGCCCAUCGGAGGAAUCGGUCCCCACGACAUCCCCGGAGUCUGUGUCAGGCUCUGUUCCCUCUUCAGGUAGCAGCGGGCGAGAGGAAGACGCGGCAUCCACGCUAGUGACUGGUUCUGAGUAUGAGACGAUGCUGACAGAGAUCAUGUCCAUGGGCUAUGAACGGGAGCGGGUCGUGGCCGCCCUGAGAGCCAGCUACAACAACCCCCACCGAGCCGUGGAGUAUCUACUCACGGGAAUUCCUGGGAGCCCCGAGCCAGAACAUGGUUCUGUCCAGGAGAGCCAGGUGUCGGAGCAGCCAGCCACAGAAGGAGCAGGAGAGAACCCCCUGGAGUUCCUGCGGGACCAGCCCCAGUUCCAGAACAUGCGGCAGGUGAUUCAGCAGAACCCGGCACUGUUGCCUGCCCUGCUCCAGCAGCUGGGCCAAGAGAAUCCUCAGCUUUUGCAGCAAAUUAGUCGGCACCAGGAGCAGUUCAUCCAGAUGCUCAAUGAGCCCCCCGGGGAGCUGGCAGACAUCUCUGAUGUGGAGGGUGAGGUGGGCGCCAUUGGUGAGGAGGCUCCGCAGAUGAACUACAUCCAGGUGACGCCGCAGGAGAAGGAAGCGAUAGAGAGGUUGAAAGCCCUGGGCUUCCCAGAGAGCUUGGUGAUCCAGGCCUACUUCGCUUGUGAAAAAAACGAGAACUUGGCUGCCAACUUUCUUCUGAGUCAGAACUUUGAUGACGAGUGAUGCAGGGAGGCCGGGCUGCCCCCCAACCUCCCCACCCCCCAACUCCACAGAAGUUUUAUAAAAGAAAAAAAUAUAUAUAUAUUCAUGUUUAUUUAAGAAGUGGAAAAAAAAUCAAAAACCUUAAAAAAAACCACCCUGAUUUCCCACCCUCCUCAAGUGGCCCCCAUUCCCAUCUUGGCCUGAGAAGACCUAGGCCAGACAGCUGUCCCCCAUCCCCCGCCCCAGCCCUGCCUGCUCUAAGAAACUGGCAGGACUGGAGGCGACAGAUGGGCCCCUCUUGGCCUCUGUCCCAGCUCCCUGCAGCCAGAUGGAGAGGCGGCUGCUUGCUUCCCCCUCCCCCCCGAAGAGCCCCUGAGACCUCCCCCCGCCUUCUUCCAGGGUGAGGGGAAGCUGGAGCCCCAAACUUUGAUCCUCCAUUUGAGUGCCCCAACGUUUCCAUCUGGGGGUAAGCACUCAGAGGCUCAAGGAUCCUCCCCGCCCCAGUCUGGCCUGCAUCCCUUCGCCGGAGAGGAGGCGGCCUGGUUUGUCCUGCCUGGGGAGGGGAUGACACCAGAGCUGCUCUGGAGGUCAAGGCCACCCCUCCCCCCCCUCCCGCCAACCCCAGGACAGAACCGUGUCCCUGAUAAAGGUUUUGAAGUGAAUAAAGUUUUAAAAGCCAA